GUUUGUUUUGGUUUAUGCGUUACUUCAAAGUUUGUUGUUCCCUAUUAUCGUUGUCAAUGUCUGCUGCAUCGAAGAGUUCAAAUUAGAAUUAUUAUUCUCCCUAAGUUUUGCAAUAUCCGCCCGUCAAAAACUUUACUGUUUGGUUGUUUUAUCGGUAUUUGCUUCCCUAAAGUAGGCCAAAAAGCCCCAUGGCACUCGUCAAUAAGAUUCAACCGAGUCAAACUGUUCCACCUACUAGACGCUCAGAAAAGCUAAAAAGAGUUGGGUCUCUUGUGGAAUUAUUUGAUUUCUUCGUUUCGAAUGAAGGGGCGGUUAUUGAUACUGUGUCCGUUAACACCUUCUUAUAUACCUAUCGCAUAUUUGCUGAUAUGGAAUUAGUUUUGGAAGUUGUAAAUAAAAAGCAAGUAUGACUUUGUAUAAACUGUAUAAUAAUCCGUACAGAUUUUGGGAUACAUGCCAUUCAAGCCUAAUACCUACCUCUUGGAAAGUUGGGAUUAUUUCGUCUUUUCAGUAUUUUCUUGGUGCAUGGUUGCAGCAGCCUCAUGUAAAAGAUUUUGAUUCCCCACAGAAAAUUAUCCAUCUUAAAUGGCUAGUGCGGAUUCUUGCCGGUUGGUUUGAUGUUUUUCAUCCCUCUUAUAAUCAAAACAGUCACAAUUAUGUUCUAAAAGAGUUGAUGAGGUACUGUGGAAAUAAUGUGUCUUAUAAAAAUCAAGAUACGACGCGAAUUGUUUUGUACAACAUUGAUUCAGAAGUUUGGGAUCGAAUUACUACAGAUAUGGAGUAUUUAUGCCGACAAGCUGUAAAUUGCCUCAAAAUCAUAGCCUGUAAAUAUCAAAUAGACUUAACUCGGGAAGAACAAUUAUCGUCAGUGCGUAUAAUCACCAUAAAUCGAGUCAGUUGUCAUCAUUCACCACACAACUCUGCAAUGCAUAAAUCAGAAAAGCAUUUAAAAGAAAUAAUUACCAUCACACCUUCUAUUAACCCCUUAAUUAAUUUAUGGAAUUUAAAUUUAGAUACAGUUGCUGAACAACUGACUGUUGCUGAUCAGAGAUUAUUUCUCGACAUGGAGUUAAAUGAUUGCCUGAUAUAUGCUAGAGGCAAACCUGCUCCAUCCGUGCAAGCUACAAUCGACCAAUAUAAUAAAUUAUAUCAUCUUGUCCAAAGUUCAAUGUUUAACUCAGAUCAGGAUUUCCCAAUACUAGUAGAACCUACACCGAUCUAUUCAAGACGUUUUAAUAAACGAGGUAAUUAUAAUAGUCCAACGACAAGAGUUAGUCCACAGAUAAUAACGAUAUGGUCUAAAAAUUCACCUAAUCAUAAUUCUUUGGCAUCGGAUGUGGGAAAAUUAAAAACUGGAUGCAUAAUUACAUGGAUUGAUAUUGCUUAUCGAUUAGGACAAACAAGAAAUUAUUCAGCAUUAAAAGCCAUAAUUAUGGCUUUGCAGUCCACUCCAGUACUCCGAUUAUGGCAUAGUUGGAAUGUUUUAGAAUAUCAUUAUCAUGAACAUUUUAUGAAGUUUAAAUAUUUGGCUUCUGUAGUAAGCUUUGAUAAUAAUCAAGAACAAUUGAGAAAACGGUUAGAUAAGUGUGCGAACAAAAUGUAUUGGUACUUAAAACUCAACAAUCCAAAUCCAUUAUGUGGAGACAUCAGCAGACCUGGUGAUAUUUCACAAUUUGAAGAUUCUGAUACAGAAUAUAGCAGGAGAACUAAGCAUUCAACUUUACCAAAUCAGUCAUCCUAUUUAAGUGGUGUCAUACCGUAUCUCGGUGUAUUUCUUAGUGAUUUAACUUUAUUGCAUCAUUCGUCACCGGAUUAUAUCAGUCGAUCAAAAUAUUCCCCAUCAAAUGAGAAUAAACAAGAAAUUAAUACAAAUAAUCAGGAAAGUGCUCUCGCUUCUACUACUACUACUGAUGAUAAUAAUAGCAAUAAUAAUAUUAAUUCAUCAGUAAUCAAUCCAACUACUAAUACUAAUGAUUUUUCAAAACGAUCAGUUAAAAAUCAGUAUGGUAAAAUAAAGCUAUUGCAUAUAUCAGAUCAACUUGGGAAUUUUACCCGAAGUACACCUGAUUUAUCAGCAGUAAUAUCAUCGACAUCAACCGUGCAAUCAGAUAAUAACAGUACGAAACAAUCCUGGAAAUUAUUGAAAAAUGUAUCAUCGAAUACAAAUGUCCCACCUAUUAAAUCAUCAGUUUCUGCUGAUCGUAAAGAUAAUAUCCAAUUGAAUGGGCGUGUCAAGAAGGAGAAGUUUGGCCUUUCUAGACGUCAUUCUACAACUGAUAGUGCUGAUGACAAAUUAAUCAAUCUGGAUAAACAUCGUCGAGAGUUUAGAAUUCUAGCAAAUAUUUUUCUUCUUCAACAAAAUGCCCAAUUUUAUUCACUUAGACCUGAACCAGAUUUUAUUACAUGGUUUCAUUCUUAUCCAUUAAUCUCAGAAAAUGAAGCUCUCAAUCGUUCUUGUGAUCUAGAACCAGUUGAUGAACAAGUACAACAGCAUAUAAACAGACCUUUCAGCGCAUCUCCAUAUACAUUUGAUACAAGUGAUUCAAGUGGUGCAGUCGAUAUAAUAAAUAGUAAUAGAUCACGACAUCCACGUAAUAAUACAAAUAUCCAUGUAGAAAGAUCUAAAUAUGCUAUAACCCGUCCACCUAGUGCUACAGCUAUUGGUGCCACUACUACUACAUCAAUCAUAAGGAAUCCCAACACUAGCAUUAAUAUUAUUAAUAGUAUUAGUCCAAGUCGAAAUAAUAAAUCACGAAUUAAUGGAACAUAUUCAUCAAGUGAUUUACUUGAUGAUAUUAAAUACAACAGGUCAACAACUACUGACGAACCAAUCACAGGAAAUAGUUUGGACAUUUUAUAUCAACAAAGUAACCACAAACAUAAUAUGAAAACAUCAACUUCUAGAUGGAACACACACAAAAGUUCAUCAACUACAUUCGAUUCACGUAAUGAUAGCAAUAGUAACAACAGUAAUUUAUCGAUUACUGUUUCUUUGCAUCAUACAAAUAGUCAUCAUGAUGGUCGUGUUUCACCAUUUAUUGCUAAAGUCGCUCAUUUAGGUAGCCUGUCGCAUGGCCAUAACGAUAAUCGUUUUUCUAGUUCGAAACAAACACAACCCAUAAUUCAAUUGUCGGUUUCUCCUGUGGAUAGUGUCUCUGACGUACUAUCGAAAGCCCUUAAAUUCUUUGGUUGUGCCGAUCAAAAGGUUGAUAAUUAUGAUCUAAUUCAUGUCCGUAAAGAUGCUCGAGAUGUAACUCUUCCAAAAAAUUUCAACUUUUAUGAAUCGAUAAAUUAUUCUUCUUUUCAUUUAUCAAAUAAUAAACAUUAUGAAUUAUUAGAAUUUAUUUGUACACCAACUAUUCAUAAUGAGAAUAAUAAUGACAACAAUAGUAGUAACUAUAGUAAUAGUUUAAACAAUUCACCAUCAUCAUCGUCAGCAGCAUACAUAAAAACUAACAAUAACACAAAUUAUCAUGGUAAAAAUCACAAUCUACAGCCUAACACAACUACAAUUGAAUAUGCUAAACACUAUAAAUUAACAAGUAAAAGUUCUAAUAAACAUUGUACUGUUGAAUUAUGGUCAUGAACAUUUAUUAACAAUUGUUUAUUUUUUUUUUAAAAAAAGUUGAUUGUUUUUCAUUAGUUUAUUGUUAUUUUUCAUUAUCAAAUGUGCUCAAAUGCAUAUUGCCAUUGUGAAUAAUUUUGUCACAUGUUUUUUUUGUCACUGCGCCACUUAUUUUUACCAUUAAUUGAUCCUAUCAAUCAAUAACUAAAUAAAUUUUCCCCUCCCCGAAGAAAAAUUUGUUCAAUAUUUCGCCAUUUGUCUUUCAUGAUCGCGCAUUUUUUUAAAAUAAUUGUUCUGUUUUUUUUUUCUAUUCUCAUCACCUUUCCUAACCCCGUUCCUCUUUACACUCACCUUAAAUUUUCUGCCAAUUGUGUAGUUCAUUUUUCUGGUUAAAUACCUUAUGGAGUUGUAAGCUAUGUCGAAACACAUAUCUAGUAGUGCAUCUUUUAUGUUAAUGUGAUUAUUAAAUGCCGUGAUUCCACAUUUCCUUUGUUUAUUCCUUAUAACUUAUAUGCAUACCAUUAAGGAGAUAAUAACAUAUCUUACUUAUUUGUUCACUGUUCAAUAGUAAAGAAUUGCUGUUUGUUUUACUUUCAUUUAUUUUUAUUGAUAUUGAUUGGAUUAAGAACAUAAUCAAUUGUAUAUUUAUAAAUUAUUGUGUAUUUUAAAUAUCAUAUUGUCACAAUAUAUAAAUAUAUUUCCUGUACAACUUUUAUAAGAAUAAUUUCUUAAUUUAGAAAUUUCG